AUGGUGGAAGUGUACAUCAGCUUCAAUAGAAGAGAGGAUAAGGUGCGGUACUCCUUCAUCAGCCACCUCUCCGCCGCUUUUCACCGCAGAGGAAUAUCCUCUUACAUCGGCGGAGGAGACGGAUCCGAUCCGGAAAGCAAUGGAUCAUCCAAACAGUGCCUGGAGAACUCGAGAGCUUGUGUAGUGGUUUUCUCUGAGAAAUACUUGUCAUCGAAGCCGUGCCUGGAGGAUCUCGUCAAAAUUUCCGGACGCCGGAGAAACGACGACGGUUUCGCGGUGGUUCCGGUGUUUUACGCAGCCACCAAGUCGUCUGUGAAGAAACAGAUUUGGAGGAGAUCGCGCCAACUUAAAACUGAAUCGCGAAACGCUUUAUUGGAAGCGGUAGAGUUACCAGGCUACGGAUCAUAUGUAGCGCAAAGGGAAGUUAUGAAGGAAAAGCAAAGUGAAGUCCCCAAUAAAAGGCGUCGUCAAUCUCUUAGAAUCAGAAUGAAGACUAAGAAGGGUAAGAAGACUAAGAAGACUACACCAGUGAGAGAACCAAGUGUGGUAUCGCUCUCAGCCUCACCUAGCCCAGAAAAUGAAGACAUGGCUGGUCCUUCGUCUGAGGUAUAG